CACUUUUUUUCUCUGAAAAAAUUCUCACUUUUUCUCACACUUUCCCAGAUAACCCAACCCGUCUUGAAAACCAGAAAAUUUUCCCUCAAGAAAGUGGUUUUCCUUUCCACAAAAACAGACAGAUUAAAUUCAAGAAACGGACGGGUUCAAAGAUUUUCCCCAAAAAAUUGAUCCUUUCUCUCUUCAAACGGGUUUUUAAUUUUGAAAUGCUUAAUUUAUUAUUAUUUUUAUUUCUGUUUUUGGAGACUACUGACGGUGAUGAAGAAGAAAAGGGUUUGAAGAUUUUCUCUGGUGAGGGGGUUUUCCAUGCCGCCGCUGGCCGAUGAUGCCUAUGUCAGAGAGGAAGACUAAUGGGUUUUUUUUUUUUUUGUGCUUUCAUAUGGUUUUGACUAAUGGUGUUUUUUGUGCUUUCAUAUGGUUUAGACUAAUGGGGGUUUUUUUUUUGUGCUUUCAUAUGGUUUAGACUAAUGGGUUUUUUUAUGCUUUCAUAUGGUCUAAUGGGAUUUUUUAUGCUUUCAUAUGGUUUAGACUAAUGGGGUUUUUUUUUUUUUUGGAUUCUGAUUUGUUUGCAUGUACCUGUUGAUUUGGUUCUUGUUUGUAAUGAAAAAAAAAAUUAUUUUUGGAUUUUCUUUGGUCUCUUGCUUUUUGCAAUUUCCUGGUUCUUGAAUUUUAUUGAUUUUUUAACUAGACUUUUAAAUUUAGCAUAAUUUUGAACGCCUUUCUUGGUUUUUUAUUCUAAUUGGUGUGGAAUAUACUUUCAAAUGUAUGUGGGUCUUGGGUUUUGUUGGGGUUUACACGGAGAGUGGCUUUUGGGGCUUUGUCUUUGUGUUUCCAUCUUGAUAUUAGGCAUGUUUCUUCAUUGUGGGGUUUUAGAGUCUUACCAUUAUUGACAACAUAAACAUGAUCUUCAGCUUCAAUAUUUUACUAGAUUUUCUGUGAUAUAUUCUGAUGGAUUCCUCAGAUUUUUCAGUUAAAUUUUGUAGGUGAUUUUGUUGUUGGUAGUUAAUGUUUAGUUGUUCAUUACAAUAAUCAACUUUAUUUUUAUUUUUAAUUUUUUCUCUGAUCUCUUACUCUCUUACAUAUUUAUUCCCAUUCUGUGCAAAAAUAAAGAGAGAUGCUUGUUGUUUACCGUUUUGGUGGUUUCUUCAACUGAUACCGAGAUGCUGUUUUCUGUUGUAGGGUUUUAUUUUUUAUUAUUUAUUUAUUUAUUUAUUUUAAUUCAACGGUUAAAUAAUUCAUAAACAAAAGUUGAUUUGUAUAUUGUUGUGUUUGGAACUUGAAGCUCACAAAAGGGUCUAGUGGUAUGAAUCCUUAAAAAAAUGGAAAACAAAUGUAACAAAGUGAUCAGCAAGUGCAGGGAAAAAAAUAUAAAUAUAUAGAGAAAGAGUGAGGUGGGUACGCCUGGGCUCCUUGGGCUUUGCUGCCGACCAAGGAAACAGCCACUUAUUUGGCUAUCUUGGCAUUGAAGAUAACCUUUUGUUUACAAACCCCAUCUUGUGUUUGCCUUUAUCUCUUUCUCUCUCUUACUCAGACUCACUUCUUUCUUUUGCCUCGGUUGUUGUCAAAGAUUCUUCACUCUCAUAGUCAUACUCAUACCUCCACAAGCAUAUAUCCUCACCCCUCUUUGAGAUCCAUCUUUGGAGACCAGGAAACUUGCUUGGGUUGGGUUGCAUUCACAAAUCUGGUCCUCACACCCUGGGAGUAUUCCUUUCUAUUUCUGGGACUUUUUCUCAAUUGGGGUUGUUUUUAUUUUUGUUCACUUAUUAGGACAUGUGGUGGUGACUAAUGAGGUAUCUGAUUUAGGCAUUUAGUACUACAGUUCAGUGUUGAAGAAGGUUAGUUUUGAAGGUAUAAGAGGGGCUGAAGCUAGUUGAUCUUCUUUUGCUUUCAAAGAUUGAAGUUUAUGAAACUUGGAUCAAAGCCAGAUUCCUUUCAGACUGAUGGGAACAAUGUUAGGUAUGUGGCAAGUGAGCUGGCAACGGACAUCAUUCUUAUUGUAGGGGAUGUAAAAUUUUAUCUUCAUAAGGUAUGUGGCAAGUGAGCUGGCAACGGACAUCAUUCUUAUUGUAGGGGAUGUAAAAUUUUAUCUUCAUAAGAAAUAACUAGUAUGAUAGGUGUGAAGUAUUGGAGGUUUAACGCUAGUUCUUGCCAAAUUGAAAUGGUUGGGGUAACACCAGAGACACCUGGGAAUGCUGAGAGCAGCAUCAUUUGUGAAUGGAAAAUUCCAAAGGAUUUGGGAAAUACUACUACUCUCACAUACAUGAGCCUUGAAGCAAACCAAUUCUCUGGCUUUGUUCCUCCUAAGCUUGGGGAUUUGACCAACUUGCAGACUUUGGUGCUCUCCUCCAAUAAUUUGACAGGGAACUUGCCUAUGGGUCUUGCUAGGCUGAGAAACCUAACAGAUUUUAGGAUAAAUGAUAACAACUUCAGAGGAAUUAUACCUGAUUUCAUACAGAAUUGGAAACAAUUGACAAGAUUGUGAGAUCCUUGUUCUUUUCGAAAAAUAUCUCAAGUGCUUUGAGUUCUUAAUGGUAUAUAAAUCUAAAUUCAAAGUAUAUUCUCAUUCAAAUUUAAAUUCUUGAAGAGAAAUGCAUGCGAGUGGACUUGAGGGACCCAUCCCACCAAAUAUAUCUCUU